AUGGAGUCGUGGUUGCUGGUGAUUUUGGCAUUUUUGGUGCUUGAAAGGCUAUGGCCGUUGAUUGAUUCUUUGAUUCAACGGUUUGCACAGGCCAACUCCACGAAAUUGAAAGAACUAAUGCAUCAGAGGCAGGCAAUUCUAGCUGAACAGAAGGAAAUCAGUGCGCAGGACCAAUACGUAAAAUGGACUAAGAAUAACAGAACCUUGGAAAAAAUCAACAAACAGAUUGAGGAAGAAAAGAAGCAGUUGUUAUCUCAAGUGGAUAGAACCAAGGCAUCGUUGAAAAAAGUGAAAUUGGUUUUAAUCACGGUACCAUUCACGAUCCUGAAAUUCUACAAAGGUAAAAUGCCUAUUUACGAUUUGCCAAAGGGGCUAUUCCCCAACUAUUUGCAAGGCUUAUUCCAACACGGAUGGGUAUACUUGGCCCUUGGUCCACUAAACAUCAAGAAAGUUGGUGAUGGUACUCAUGUUACCGUUUCUUUGGCUAUAUGGUUGUUUGCCUUGUUGAAAGUAGUGAGUACUUUGGGGAACAUUUGGGAAUCCCUCACUGCCCCUGCAAUUCCUGCACCAACUAUUACCACCGAUCCAAUUGAUCAAACUAACGAAUCUGAGAAACCUCCGGUGGAUCAACCUGUAGAUUGA